CGUCUCGGCUAGCUUGCGAGGACAAUUGGACACGAAUGGCAGUUAUGUCGAAUGAUAAACACUGAACUCUUAACGUCUUAACUGACGUUACCGUAAAAUUGACUCGGUUAUAUUUGGACCUGUUGGUAGUUUAUUUUGUGCGUGCGUGUAUAAUAGUUUGUUUAAACGCUGGUCUGCCUGUAACGAGUUAGCUAGCUAAUAGUUCAAAGUUGUGCAUAAGUCAAAACUUAAGGCUAAUUUACCAGGAUGUCUGACGUAUACGAAGAUGAAGUCUUAUCGGAUGUGGAAGGAGAGGAAGAAACGCGUAUCAAAGAAGUUGGGGAAGACGAGAAGAUGCAAGCUUUCCAUUUGACCAAAGAAACCAUAAGUGAGGGGCUUUCAUUGCUGUGUCGGACAGGAAAUGGACUAGGACAUGCUUUUGUUAGACUGGAUCUAAAGAAAAGAGGACUAAAUGACAUAGCUGCAAUCAGCAGUUAUAUUCACAUACGUUUUCUGGACCUAUCCAACAACUACCUUACCGAUCUUUCUCCUCUGGCAUCUCUGAAUCAGCUGCUUUGGCUGAAGGUUGACAGUAACGCUGUGUCAUGCUUCAAAGGGCAACCCUUUGCUGAGCUGAUCUUCCUGCAGUGGUUGAGUAUGGCAGUGAAUCAGUUAAAAGACCUAAAUGGCCUGGAUGGGCCUUCUUUAGAGAGCCUCAAUCUUACAGGUAACAGUAUUCAGCGAGUGAAUGGUUUUCAGACUGGACAUUUUGCAAAUCUGGUAACUCUAGAAUUGAGGGGAAACCACUUGGAGACCACUGAUGGCAUUAACCUUCCAAACCUGCAGCGUUUAUAUCUGGCCCAAAAUGUAAUCAAACAUCUCGAGGGUUUGGAGAAGUUAGAACGCCUCACCAUCCUUCACCUUAGAGACAAUCAGCUUGAAACUCUGGAUGGCCUCAGCCCCAACAUGAAAUGUCUUCAGUACCUCAACGUCAGAGGUAAUGCAAUCACAGAUGAAAAAGCCCUACAAAGCCUUGGCCUUGUGUCAAAAACUCUGCGUAUUCUGGUGCUUUCUGAGAACCCACUGGUAGAAACUUUAGACUACCGGCUAAGUGUGCUAAUCCUCAUACCACAGCUGGAGCGACUCGACAAGGAGCCCGUCUCCCUCGAGGAAAGCAUUGAAGCCCAGAGGACAAUCAGAGAACUUACAGAAGAGGAAAUACCUGAGCCAUAAGAUUUCAAAAGAUGGUUGAAUGGGGAAGUGUUCAACUAACUUUCUUGAAGAAGCAGGCCUUUUGUUUAUAACUGAGUUAUUGUGAUUGCAACUCUGAUUGCUAAUCACUUGUUCCCUAUUCCAUUUCUUGCACAAAUAAUCACCCAUGUCCUUGUUAAUGUUUUGUCUUACUAAAACAACCAACAAUAAAAUUUCAAGCAAAAUUAAUUAUUUCUGAGUCCAUGGAAAUGUAUAAAUACAUAAUAUCAGGUGAGGUUACAAUGCCAGUGGCCAUGGCAUACGUAGUCUUUUUCACUGAGUAAGGAUGAGAGAGCAAAAUCUGUCGCCACUUCCUUGUUGGCACCCAUCUAGCCGCAGGUUUAAAGGGACAGUUACAGUAUGAAUGUUUAUAGGAAAAUCUAUAUAUUUUCAGAUAUAUAAACACACACAUAUCAGAUAAUACUACUGAUUCUGGUUAGUCGUAGUUUUCGAGGAUGUCUGUGGCAUUUACACACCAAACUAACAUUCUACUUACACAACCAGGAAAUGAAAUCCACACCUCACUGGAAAGACUGAAUGCAGUAAUUGUGGAACUCCCCACCUUUUGAAAUAGUCUGCACAUAUUUUUAUCAGUUCGCCAACAUGGUAGAAGAAAUUUUAGUCAAAUUUUCUGUUAAUUACGUUAAAGCUUUAAAACAUUUGUGGAUGAAAAUGCCACCUCACGCGCUUUUUUGUUGGUAUUUUACGGAUUCAUGGAAGAGAGCUUCAAAGGAGAAGUAAUCUAAGAUGUGCAUCUUUUAUGUUAAACUGAAAAGAGUUUGUGAAAGCAGCAUCAU